GAUUAAGAAGCAGUAUAUGUACUAGUUUGCUUAUAGCAUGCAACCACACUCGGAAAUUCCAACCACAACUACAAAAUCAUCAGCAACAGCAACAAAUUCUGUUUCUCCAAAGACCACAACAUCAAUUAAAGAUAACAAAAUAAGCACUCAAUCACCUAGUUUGUGCAAGCUAGUCAAAGGCCGACGACCUUUAGUAAAUUUCAAUUUCUAUCUUGACAUCAAAGAUCAUCAAAUAUCGAAAAAAGUCGAAGAACGCAUCACCGAAUUAGGUGGCAAUUUAGAAUUCUUUCUAACCAAAAGUGUUACACAUUUCAUAACCGAUAGAUCACUACCAGCUGCACCUUCGGGAAGUCAACAAAAAGCCCAACAAGGUAGCAACAGCAAUUACAAUAAUAACGGACAUUGUCUUAAUAGUCCUUCAGCUGGAGUCGGAGUAAACGGUGGCGGAGUGGGAGGCGGCGGUGGAGGUGGCUCAUAUCCCAUAACUCCAUCACCAUACUUACAAUCCCCACAAACCCCGACCACACCAAAAACUCCAUACACAAAUCAAUCCAAUUAUUCUGGUGAUUCAGCAACAGAUGGCGUAGGUAGUAGUCAUUCACGUAUUAAAGGGGCCUCAACCAACAAUACCCCCAAUAAUAAGAAAAAAAUCUCUCGUGCAGAUGCAAUGCUCCACAGAGCCUUACAAAGCCAACAACAAAGUCAACAUUAUUCAGUGAAUCAGCAGCAGCAACCAGAAGAACAUAAGCGACCUAACCUAGAACACGGUGCUUAUAGAAUUUGGAGUUUAGAAUACGCCAUAAGAUUUUUGAAAAAAGUCACAGCCGACGUUAAACAAUACGCCAAGAAAUCCCAACAACCUACAAAAGGAGCUUGUGAACCGAUACAACUUAAAGGUCAUUUUAUUAAAAUCGAAGCCAUAUCAGGUUCAAAUAGACCCUACUAUUCGGUAUUUCGAAAUAUCGAGUGGCCAAAAAUACAACCCGGAGGAGAAGGUGGAGCAUUUCGCUUAACACCAAGACGUGACCAAUCCACAAAAUCUGCCAAAGAUAAGCCAUCGAAAACGAAUGCCAUGACGCGCAAAAGUCGUUCGUCGUCCAAACACAAUCCAAACCAUAUGCGUUUGAAGGCCAAACAGGCACCCAAACAAGCCACAGAAAAACCUGCUGCGGUUGUUGAUAAUUCCUCCGAAAAGCAAUGUGGUGUGUGUGAAAUUUGUAAAAUUGAAUAUGACACAUUGACGAUACAUUUAAAGACCAAGGAUCAUGAGUUCUUUGCCCGCAAUCAAAACAAUUAUCUGGCCUUGGAUUCACUGAUCAAAACUAGUGCCAGUGUGGAUAAAUUUCUUGAAGACACCUCAAAAGACGAAGCCAAAGAGGAAUCAGUUGAACCAAUGGAAAUUGAAGAAGAAUCUUCUAGAUCGACGAGGAAGUCAUCACGCAAACAAACUCCACCACCACCUGCGCCAACUGCCAAUCCAGCGCCACCGGGAAUAAAGAUCAAAACUAAGCUCAAAGAGGUGGAGGUUGUGACCGAGAAGAAACCAUCUCACAAUAAUGGCCGGAAGUCUAAGUUAAAUGUGCCUCUAGACUCGCCACCAAUUCGCCAUCCUCUGCCAAAUUCGACAAUUUACAAAGUUGUAGCGGACAGUAAAGCACAAACCGAUCCGGUGUCGCCGAAGAAAUCCUCAAUAAUUGUCAAAUUUCGUAAGAUUCGUCAGACCGAGCUAUCAGUUCUAAACGGGGAAGCGGAGAACUUUAUGUUCCCACGGCGGCCAACUUCAAGCGAUCGUGCAACUGAUUCAGACCGACAAACAAGCACCGAUAGCAAUCGUAUAUCGAGCAGCAGUAUAUCAAGUGAGUCCCACUUGACCGAAGAACCAUCUAUCCCAGAUCGACCAGACUCAGCUGCCGGCAAACGUAAACGAACAGCAGACAAUAGCCAUAACAACAAAAGCAACAACACCAAAACGGCUUCUGUCUGCUAUCAGAGCUUUCCAAACACCCCCAUCCAGCCGAACAAAACAUCACAAGCCACAACAGAACAUCCUAUCACAUCAAAACCAUCCACAACGACAACAACAAGACAACGGAAAAGACACUCCGUAGGAAGUGGACGUAAACGACGUGCAACUAGCAGAAAUCCCAGAAAUCGUAGCAAGCAACAAAGAUGGGACUCGGAGGAUAGGAUGGGGGAAGAUGGAAAUACUGAAUACGAAGAAGAAGAAGAUGAAGAAAUUAAAAAUUUGGAUUUUAACUCAAUCGAGAGUGAAGAUAGUCCAGAAAAGUCACCAACUAAGAAAAAAGUACGCAAGGUUCCUGCCUUUGACGUCAAUCAAGGUCGAAUAAAAGAACAAACUUAUGCCUUUGAACGGCUGCCUGUUAAAGAGGUUUGGUUCGAAGUGUUUCGGCGGCAAGAUGCCUGCCAUGAACGAAUGUUUGAGUACUGGGGUAGUACAUCGUAUCGGAAAUUGCCCUAUGAAAUUGGAGCGAUACCAAUGCGAACGGUGUCGAAUUGUAGAAUAUGUACUCCACAGCAAAUGGUUGAAAUAAAACAAGAGCCAGUAGUUAGUGUUAGUAAACCAACAGCAAAGCGAGUUGGAAAAUUGAAGAAAAUUAAAAAAGAGAGAAAAAGUAAAAGCAACACACCGGAGCCGGUGGCGGAGAUAACAACUACGACUGCGGCGACGAAGUCGACGAAAGCUAGCAAAGCACCACCUCACAAUAAGCACCUGAACAAAGCAACAUUCCUAAGCUGUGAUCUUAUGCCAAGAAAGUCACCGCGUGAGCAUGCCUCUACUCUGGCCAUCCUCAGUUGUCUGAUAAAACAACGCAAAGACUCUGAGCUUGAUGAGUCACCGCCAACACCUCCACCAAAAGAGAAGACUCCGGAAAAAAGAAAAACACCAUCACCGCCGCCAGUAGUGUAUGCUCCUCCUUCUCGCAAUGAUACCCCCGAACCGCUGCAGUUUGUUUCGGAAAUCAGUGAGAAUGUAAAGCGGCUGAGGCGAGGGCAGAGGAAAUUCGAUGAUUUUAUACCCACAGCAACGCCGUUGUCGCCAAAUAGCAAAAAGAAGGGUGGUAAGCCUGGUGGCAAACCAAAGACCAGUGGUCUUGAAUUUGAACUCGAUGAAAAGCGUCUGAAAAGCCUCGAGACCAAGGAAAAGAGCUCAAUACAACUUGAGCAUGAAAUUGAUGCAUAUUUGGGUCGUAUUUCGAUGAAAGCUCUGCGACAUACACCAACUCUGCCGAUCCAAGAGUCAUCAUCAUCGUCGGGCUUUGUCGAUGAUUUCACUAGUGACAUUGAUCUGAUAGAUCUUAUUGAUUGUUACGAUGGUGGAGGAGGGACAGACAAUGGAAACGAUCCAAAUGAUCAUACUUCUUCACGUAAACCUGCCUGCCACAGUAGUUAUAAUCUGUUUUCGGCGCACAAUCGAAGACGGAAAAACAACAGAGCCAAUAAAACAGGCUGGCCAACGACAAGACGAAGAAAUACAAUGUCAACGCGACAAAACCACCUGCUUCAGAAACCAGAACGUUUUCGUUUCUUUUGUGAUUAUCAGACACGUCAGAAGAAUAGUGGAGCUCAAGUUGCACCCACAACGACAUCAAUGACACCACCCGACACUGAUUUGGAUGACAAAGAUGACUGCACAAGAAGUUCUGUGCCCGAUGAUGAUGAAGAAGAAGAAGAAGAAGUCUCUAACAUCUGCAAAGAUGAUAUCCUCAAUAACAGUUGCAUGAGUCCGAGUGAGAAAGCCGAUAAUUCGGACAUUUUUACAGUCUCCUCCGAUGGUUUGGAGACAGAUUUAGAUAUAAGCUGUAAUCAAAUAAUCAAAACCGAAGACAUUGAUGAUGAGUGUACGACCUCAUCGACUUUAGCUGCACCACCACCACCCGCCACAUCAGAAAAAGAACUCAAGGUAAAAUCGCCGACGACAGCGAAAAACCAUCUGACAAUGGCCAUGAGAAGCAUUAUUAAGAAGGAAGUUAAAGUUUCUUGCAAACGAUUGCGUACUCCAUUUCGGCGUUUUCGUCAGAGAAGGUAGUCUUUAAAUUACUAUGAGGGUGAUGAUGAUUACCCAGAGUAAGAAGAAUAAUAAUAAAAUUUAUUAAAUAAAAUAAAAAUAUUAUCUGUAAUUGUAAUGUAUAAUCUGCCUGCAAAAAAAUAAAUAAAAUAUGGAACCUAACUAGAAAUUAAAGAAAAAAAUAUUAAAGAUAGAAAAAAAGAGUUUGAGAAAAGAGAAGGAGGAAGAAGAAAGAUAACAAGAGUAAGGUUAUAGAACCACUUAAAAAAUGACGAUGAUGCAACUAAUGAAGGACUUGUAAAUAAGAAGAAGAGAGAUAUAACCGAAUCAAAAUACUUAAAAAAAAAAAACACAAAAAUCUUUUACAGAU